CGAAGGCAACGGCGACAGGGCGAACGGCGGCGAUGUUGUGGCCGCGGCUGGCGGCGGCCGAGUGGGCGGCGCUGGCCUGGGAGCUGCUGGGCGCCUCGGUGCUGCUGAUCGCGGUGCGCUGGCUGGUGCGACGGCUGGACAGGCGGCCGCGGGGCCUAGGCCGGAGCGGGUCCCCCGACACGCCGCCCUGCGCGGCCGCGGCCCCAGUCCCUGAUCCAGGUGAAAUGACAAUGGAUACCAUCUUGGCUCGAUUGAAACUUCUGAAUCCAGAUGAUCUUAGAGAAGAAAUUAUCAAAGCUGGAUUGAAAUGUGGACCCAUUACAUCAACCACAAGGUUUAUUUUUGAGAAAAAGUUGGCUCAGGCUUUAUUAGAGCACAGUACACUGCCUUCCCACCCUCCCGACCACGCCGCUGCAGGUGCCCCAGCCCUGGGCCAGGACACACAAAGGGUUGUGAAGUCUGCGGUAGGGAGCCCGGCUGAGCGGGUCAGCUUUUCUGAAGACAGAGAUUUUGGUUAUAGUGUGGGCUUGAAUCCUCCGGAGGAAGAUGCCGUGACGUCUGAGACCUGCUCAGUGCCUUUCAGUGCCUUGGCCGGGGUCCACAGCCACAAAGCCAUGCUGCGAGCCUCUGCAGAGCCCCCUCUGUACUAUGGGGUGUGCCCAGCGUACGAGGACGCCCCGGCGAGAAAUGAAAGGAUUCAUGUUUAUGAAGACAAGAGGGAAGCCUUGCAAGCUGUCAAAAUGAUCAAAGGAUCCCGAUUUAAGGCUUUUACAAGCAGAGAAGAUGCAGAGAAAUUUGCUAGAGGAACUUGUGACUAUUUCCCUUCUCCAAGCAAAACCUCUUCACCACUUUCUCCUGUGAAAACAGUGCCGCUCUUUAGCAGUGGUGGGUUAAAAGACGGGUUGUACUUGUCUGAUUCAGAAACAGCAAGCAAAGAGCGAGCGAACAGUUAUAAAAGUCCCCGCACGCAAGAUCUCACUGCCAAACUCCGGAAAGCUGUGGAGAAGGGAGAGGAAGACACCUUUUCCGACCUCAUCUGGAGUAAUCCCCGGUAUCUGAUUGGUUCGGGGGACAACCCGACCAUCGUACAGGAAGGAUGUCGGUACAACGUCAUGCAUGUUGCUGCCAAAGAGAACCAGGCUGCCCUGUGCCAGCUGACCCUGGAGACGCUGGAGAACCCCGAGUUUAUGCGGCUCAUGUACCCGGACGACGAGCCGCAUAUGCUGGAGAAACGCAUCUGCUACGUGGUGGACCUGUACCUCAACACCCCUGACAGAGUGGGCUACGACACACCGUUGCAUUUUGCUUGUAAGUUUGGAAAUGCAGAUGUGGUCAAUGUGCUCUCUUCACACCCUCUGAUUGUAAAAAACCUGAGAAAUAAAUAUGAUAAAACACCUGAAGAUGUUAUUUGUGAAAGAAGCAAAAAUAAAUCUGUGGAACUGAAGGAGCGGAUUAGAGACUAUUUAAAGGGUCACUACUACGUGCCCCUCCUGAGGGCAGAGGACACGUCUUCUCCCGUGAUCGGGGAGCUGUGGUCUUCAGACCACAUGGGCGAGGUCUCUCACAUUGGCCACAGUGGAGGUGGCCCCAGAGACCCCAUUCUGACCCUGCGAGCCUUUGCAGGGCCCCUGAGUCCGUCCAAGGCGGAAGAUUUUCGCCGACUCUGGAAAACCCCGCCUCGAGAGAAAGCGGGCUUCUUCCACAGCGUCAGGAAGUCUGAUCCGGAGAGAGGCAUCGAGAGAGUGGGAAGGCAGCUGGCUCAUGAGCUGGGGUAUCCCUGGGUCGAAUACUGGGAUUUUCUGGGCUGUUUUGUUGAUCUGUCUUCCCAGGCGGGCCUGCAAAAACUAGAAGAAUAUCUCACCCAGCAGGAAGUGGGCAAAAAGCCCCAACAAGACACGGGAGAAAAUGCAGCCUGUCUGCAGGAGGACGCCUCAGCCCUCGGCCAUCACAGGAAGUGCAGCAAUUCCAUCUCCGUGAGGGCGUUUCUAGAUGAAGAUGAUGACAUGAGCUUGGAAGAGAUCAAAAACCGGCAAAACACAGCUCGAAACAACACCCAGCCCACGGUGGCUGCUUUUGGAGACUCGGGGUGUGACAUCCUCCCCUUGGAGCAGAAGACAGACCUCACAGAAGCCUCAGCCCCGACCAGUCCCCGCAGAAGCAGAAACGGGUUUUGCAGCCCCCCGAGUGACGGCAAGGCCCUGGGUGGGAGGAGGCCGAGGGCCCUGAGUGGGGAGGAGGCCUUCCUGUCGCCUGUCUCCGGCCUGACCGCGGAGUUUGAUCAACUGAACUUGCAGAAUCUAGAAAGUAGCUUUUCUAAGACACCCGGUCCAACUGUGAAAACUAGAGAUAAGAGGAUCCUGACAUCAAGAGUGAACACAGCAGAAGGUGACACGUUAGGACCUCUUGCUGCUGACACACUCGGGAAUGACCAAGGAAGGACAGAGCACGGAAUGUCAGCUGGAACGGCUGACAUGUGCCUGGACCCCGACAGUCCCACGCAAGAGGCCCGUCACGGUGGCGGUUCUGAGCCCUCGGGGGUCCCUGCCUCGAAGGAGCCCGUCCAGAGCCUCUUCCUUUUUGGGGAAGAGCCGUCAAAACUGGAUCGCGAUGUUCUGGCGGCCCUGGACUGUGCGGACGUGGACCCUCACCAGUACCCGGCCCUGCACAGGUGGAGGAGUGCCGUGCUGCGCUACUCGCCCGCGGACAGACAGAGCUGGCCCAGCCCCUCGCUGAAAGGGAAGGUGAAGUCUCAGCUGCUGGACAUCGGUGGCCCUCCUAGCGGCGGCAGCCCCGGGCGCUACAGCCCCGCUCGCAGGGGCCUCCUCCACCGGACGGCGCGCCUGGCCCAGCUCGCCGCCUUGUAGGGCCCGUGCGCGCUGCUGGGGCUGUCAGCUUGUUCUUUGGGUUUUUUUUAAAAAAAGGAAAAAAGGAAAAAAGAAAGGUAAUGUGUUUGUUGCUAAAGUUUCACCCAAAGAAAGAAUAUAUUCUGAUUAAUUUAUCAAUCCUCAUUUAGAGGGUAAAAGAAUUUUAGAAAAUGCAGAUGUUCUGUAUAAAAUGUAGCUUUCUGACAUUUGGAGAGAAGUGGGUGAAAGCAAACGCAAGACGCAGAUUAUCUGGAAAGCGUCAGUGUGGUGGCGACAGGCUCGUUAGCUGCCCCAGGUGCACAGGAGGGCGCCAGAGAGGCCGGGGUGCCCCGCGGGCUCCCGUCCCCCGACUGUAGCUGUGCUCACUUCAGCUGUGUUCCUAAAACACAGGCGACUUUUGUGCCUCUUUCUUUGCUGGGGAGGGCCUUUGACUUCCUGGUUCGUGACAGAAAAGCCUCUCUGCUUUGCUGGUCGGCCCCGCUGGUUAGACAGCGGCGAGGUGGGCAUCCAGGAGUGAACAAGCCUUCAACGUGCUGGAGACUUGCAGUGACACUUACAAGUUGAGUCACUUAAAUGAGUGACCAGAGGAUGAAACUAGCUUUUCUCUUGGAAAAAAUCGAGCCGUUGGGAGUCAUGCAAAUAAGUCAGUCACACACAGCUCCCUCACCAGCAGUCACUGGAAGGUGUGUUCUUUUUCACCAGCACUUGACCUUUCACAGUGCACCUUAUUUAGCUGUCAGUGCAGUGGUAAUAAAAUAAUCUGAAAGUCACUGCCUAGUUUCGAAAAGUACCCCAUAUUUUAGAACGCAUUUCAGUUGGAUUUGCGUUUUGAAAUAGCACUGCGUGUUGGUACAGAAAAGCAAGCUUUACUUUGGAGGACGUAUCUGAUCCCAGCUCCUUUAGAGCAGUUUGUCGUCCCUCCCCCUUGGCUGGACCUGCUGUAGGGUCUGUGCGCACAGAGCUUUCUGUGGCCCGAUGCUGCAGCCGAGCUGAGGGCUGUUUCUCUGGGUGUCACCAACGAGUGCUCACAGCGGUGUUCUGGGGACACUGCCAGUGUUUGAUCCAAAGUGAAAACUUAUAACGAUUCUGCGGAGUUCAGUGCCUUUUGUAAAUCACUUUUGGUUUUCCCGAACUUACUUUUUGAGAAUAUACAGUGAUAGGAAGUAGACGUGAGAUUUUUUUAUUUGUAAAUAUUCUGAAUUUAAAUUUAUGUUUAAAAAAAACACCAAAAACUUACUUCUUUCACACGAUAACGAGAGACAGGUCAGGAAUACGGGAACCAAGAUUUGGAUUUUAAAAUUCAAAAGGUUGUUACGCAGGGUGUUUUCACUUGUGUAGUAGACGACUUAAGUAUAAGACAGAAAAAUACAUUCUGUUCUAAAAACCAAAUGGCUUUUUUUUUUUUUUUUUUUUUUUUUGCGGUACGCGGGCCUCUCACUGUUGUGGCCUCUCCCGUUGCGGAGCACAGGCUCCGGACGCGCAGGCUCAGCGGCCAUGGCUCACGGGCCCAGCCGCUCCGCGGCAUGCGGGAUCUUCCCGGACCGGGGCACGAACCCGUGUCACCUGCAUCGGCAGGCGGACUCUCCACCGCUGUACCACCAGGGAAGCCCCAAAUGGCAUUUUAAAAAGACAUCUCUAUUCUCAAAGAAAUCAGAACACAGAUGUAGUCAUAGUGAUGAUCUGUUUUCUCUAAAAUUUGACCAUGCCGUCCUAUAUAUUU